GUUACGGAUGUUCAUGAGAUAACUUACAGGUGCUGGGAAGCAAACCCCAGUCCUCUGAAAGUACAAAUACUCUUAGCAGCUGAGUCAUCUCUCCCAGCCCCUAUCACGGAGACUUCGUUUGUUUGUCUUUGUUUUAGGGAACAGGCGGGCCUAAAACUCGUGAUCCUGCUAGAGUCUCGGGAGUAACCAGCGUGGUCCGGUACUCAGUUUCCCGGCAUGCUUAAGGGAUGCGACUUUCGAUGUGUUUUUCUCCUUGAGAUCAUGGCCCUUCCACAGAAAGGGCCUCUUACCUUGGGAAAACCGAUCGAAAGAGACAAGUAAUUCCAGCUCAUGCCUAUAGAUCUUCCCUUCACGGAAGACCGCACUCCACUCCUCCAGGUCCGCAUGGGGCAUCAACGUGAUGCCAGCCGCCAUCUAGCGGCGGAAAGUAGCAAAGGCGCCUUGGCCCAGCGGUUGCCAGGUGACCGGAGCCACGCGCCGCUAAGGAGGAGGGCGGAGCAAGAAGGAUGCAGGGUCGCAACAACAUCACUUUCCAUUGGUUGAAGAGCACGCAGCCACCGCCUGAGCCAAUGCUCAGAUGGAAGCAGAUGACGUCGGAUGCGACGACUCCUCCCCGCGCUCCUGGGACUUAGGAGACCUAGAUUCCGCUCUCACCCCUCCGCGGUUAGGCUCUCUUAUGUGCUCCCAGCAGCUGCACCUGCUGUCGGUGGUGGUCCUGAUGCUUCCUGACGCUGCCCGGCCGCAGCCCUCCUCCCCAGCCCGGGCUUUACCCACCUACUCGGCCCUGGGGCCAGUGACGCCCGAAGUGGCGACUGAAGCUCCUCCGGACUCGUCUGAGGGCCCUCCUCCCUGGACGAGUGUGCCGGAGAUGCCCGAGAACGGGACUACGGACCCCUUCUCAGCCUUGCCGAUCUGUGUCUGUGAUUUGACUCCUGGUACUUGCGAUUUAAACUGCUGCUGUGACAAGGACUGCGAUCUUCUCCAUCCGAGGACGGUCUUUUCCUUCUGCCUUCCUGGUAGUGUAAGAGCUUCAAGCUGGGUGUGUGUGGACAACUCUCUUAUCUUCAGGAGCAACUCCCCGUUUCCUUCCAGAGUUUUCACGGAUUCCAGUGGAAUUGCACAGUUUUGUAUCCGUGUGAACAACUCAAAAUUAAACUAUUUCCAGAAGCUCCAAACAGUCAAUGCAACCAACUUCGAGGCCCUGGUGGCAGAGUUUGGAGGCCCAUCCUUCACCUCGACAUGGAAAACCGAGCCGCCACUGCCAUUCUAUAGGGCUGGGGAGCCCAUCCUUACCUACUACCCCAGCUGGUCUGUAGUGAGCUUACUGAGGCAGCCUGCAGCGGUGGGAGCUGGGGGAUCUUGUGCCGAGAGCAAUCCUGCAGGUUUCCUAGAGAGUAAAAGCACAGCCUGCACCCGUUUCUUCAGGGACCUGGCCAGUAGCUGCACCUCGGAGCCAGCCCUGGAUGCCGCCUCUUACUACAACUUUACCAUUUUGAAGGUUCCAAGAGGUGUGAUUGAUCUUCAGAAUAUGAAGUUCCAGGUUCCUGUAACACUUGCCUCACCAACCAGUCCUCCUCUGCUGACUGGAAACACAUGUCACAAUAUCGUUUCCCAGGUCAUCUAUGAGAUAGAGACCAACGGGACCUCUGGGAUCCAGAGAGUCUCUGUCAGCUUUAGCCAGACCAACCUGACUGUGGAGCCAGGCGUUUCCUUACAGCAAGACUUCAUCGUUCACUUUAGGGCAUCUCAACAGAGAGAGGCUGCUUUUCCUACUCGUCCUAGAAGUGGGAAUCCGGGCUACCUCACUGGGAAGCCACUCUUGGUGCUAACUGGUGACUUGGGUCACUCGAUGACCCUGUUGCAGAGUGAGGGUAGUGGAAUUUGCUCUGUUAAGAGGCAUGAGGUACAGUUCGGAGUGAAUGCAGUAUCUGGAUGCACGUUAAGACCCAAAGAGGCGAACUGCAGCGACUUGCAGAAGGAGAUUUACCAGAGUCUUCAUGGAAACCCCAGACCAGAGCGGGUCGCCAUCUUCGGCAAUGCUGACCCAGCCCAGAAAGGAGGAUGGACCAGGAUCCUGAGCAGGAACUGCAGCAUUUCAGCUGUCAACUGCACCUCGUGCUGUUCCAUACCAGUCUCCCUGGAGAUCCAGGUGCUGUGGGCACAUGUAGGACUUCAGUCCAACCCACAAGCUCAUGUGGCAGGAGCCCGAUUCCUGUACCAGUGCAAGUCUGUCCAGGAGCACCAGAGAGGGAUGGAGGUAUCUUUGACCACUCUUGUGAGCUUUGUGGAUAUUACUCAGAAGCCAGAGCCACCAAGGGAUCAACCUCAAACGGACUGGAAACUGCCAUUUGAUUUCUUCUUUCCCUUCAAAGUGGCAUUCAGCGGAGGGACCAGUGCUCAGAAAGACUCAGCCUAUCUCAUCCUCAUCCUGUGCAUCUUUCUACUUGGAGCUCUUAGCUCACAGACCAAAUGAAGAAAGAAAACAGUCAGGUUUUGUUUUUCCCCAUGGGAAACUCUAAGGCAGCCUACUGAUCUUGGCAGGACAGGUCCUCACGUACUCAUGGAAACAGACCUAACUAAAGGGACUCUAUUUACUCACUAUGUAGCCUUGGCUAACCUAGAACUCCCAGUGUAGACCAGGCUGGCCUCCACCUCAGAGAUUCCCCCUGCCUCUGCCUCGAAAGUGCUAGGAUUAAAGGUGUGAGCCACUGUGCCCAGUGAG